AUUUUUCUUCCAGGCUUCCGUAGAAGACCCACGAUUAGCUUUUGGCGCUCGACCUGCAGUGUUGCAGACAAGAGAUAAAGGAAAGGGUGACCGCGUGGUAAGAAGGCAUCAUCGAAGCUAUUUCGGUUGCUUUUAGGCAGGCAACGCAGUGUGCACAGAAAGAUGCACAACAUGGGCAAGAAGCAGAAUACCAAGGGUAAGAAGGAUUCACAGGAGACACAGGAGGAACCUGAGGAAUUUGUUGUGGAAAAAGUACUCGACCAACGUAUUGUCAAUGGGAAAGUAGAGUUCUUCCUGAAGUGGAAAGGAUUUACAGAUGCGGACAAUACCUGGGAGCCGGAAGAGAACCUGGAUUGCCCAGAGCUGAUUUCAGGGUUUUUGGAAGCCCAGAAAAACGUUAAGGAGAAGCCUGCUCCCGUUAAGAGGAAGGCAUCAACAGAUGAGCCAGAGACAGAAGCCAAGAAGAAAGAUGUGGCGGAGAAACCACGUGGCUUUGCAAGGAACCUCGACCCAGAACGGAUCAUUGGCGCAACAGACAGUAGCGGGGAGUUGAUGUUCUUGAUGAAAUGGAAAGACUCAGAUGAAGCAGAUUUGGUCCCAGCCCGUGAGGCCAACACUCGCUGCCCUCAGGUGGUCAUCUCCUUCUAUGAGGAGAGACUGACAUGGCAUUCCUGUCCAGAGGAUGAAACUCAGUAGUACUUCCCUCUGGUCCCUGCAGUCCCUUGCACCACCUAUGCCCUUUUCCUCAGGACUGAAUUUUUCUCCUCUGGCUUGCCUUCUAAUUUUAGCUAUCGUAGUUAUUUUUGAAGAUGUUUCAGCCCUAACAUUGUGUGGCAGUCAAGGAGAGCUAUGUUGUUGUACAUAUUAGCUGAAAUGAUAAGCGAGUAGGUGAUGGUGUUGUGAUGUAUACUGAAGUCUUCCAGUAUCAUUAUGAUUUAUGUGAUGGCAGUUUGGAAACCACACUCUUUCAUAGAACUACCAUGUUCAUACCUGGUCAGAUUUACUAAAUUCUAAAUGGUUACUUUGGUCUGUUAAAGCUGUCAACCACCUCCUUUUUAUCACCAUCUCAAUCUCCAUGUAAGAUGCUGAUUUUUGUUUCCACACUAGUGUUAAUGUUUUGUUCUGAAAGUGCAUUUUGUAUACUCUGCCUGUAAAUAUUAUUUGAAGUUCUAAUAAAGGUUUUAUGUGACCAAA